AUGUUCUACUUGCAGAGUCCGCAGUUGCUGCAGGUGCUACAGAAAUCCUUGAGGAAGAGCCUCCCUGAGUCCUUAAAGGUUUAUGGGACCGUCUUCCACAUGAACCAGGGAAACCCGUUCAAGCUAAAGGCCCUGGUGGACAAGUGGCCUGAUUUUAAUACAGUGGUUGUCCGCCCUCAGGAGCAGGAGAUGACAGAUGACUUUGAUCACUACAUCAACACUUACCAAGUCUAUUCUAAAGAUCCCAAGAACUGUGAAGAAUUCCUUGGCAUGUCAGACAUCAUCAACUGGAAACAACAUUUGCAGAUCCAAAGUUCACAGUCCAGCCUGGAUGAGGUGAUACAAAGUGUUGCAGCUGCUAAAUUGGUCAAGGUCAAGAGAACACAAUGCAUUCUUUAUAUGAUGCCUAAGACAGCAAAGAAUCUGGUCCCUUUCCUGCUGGAGACAGAGAAUGUGUGUCCUGAAUCUGGAGUCCCCAAGGCCAUUAACCUACAGAAGUUUAAAUGCUCAUCCCUGGAUGUCACCCACGCUGCCUUGGUGAAUAAGUACUGGCAUUUUGGUGGCAAUGAGAGGAGCCAGAGGUUCAUUGAGCGCUGUAUCCAGAACUUCCCCUCCUGCUGCCUGCUGGGGCCCGAGGGGUCCCCUGUGUCCUGGAGCCUAAUAGACCAGACCGGAGAGAUGCGGAUGGGAGGCACCGUGCCUGAGUACCGGGCUCAGGGUCUCGUCUCCUACAUUGCCCAUGCCCACACCCAGAUUAUGGACAAACUCGGCUUUCCUGCAUAUAACCAUACAGACAAAGCCAACAAAAUCGUACAGAAAAUGAGUGACACAAUGCAUCAUGUUCGCAUGCCUUGUGACUGGAACCAGUGGAACUGUGUGCCUCUGUGA